ACAUUACUUACUCUAAGGUUUUGAGUGAAAACAUAAGAGAGUGAGUAGUAGUAGCUUGAGAGUACAAAUACUAGAGAGCUUGUGAGCUCAUUAAGAGUGUUUGUAAUUGUGGUUUUGUAGCUCAAAUUCAAUAGUAAGAUUGUCUUUGAGUAGGGUAACAAAGUUACCCAUAAUUGCUUGUGUUGUUUUAUUGUUCUUUGGCAUUGUUGUUAAUUUCUUGCUUGUUUUUCGAUCCCAAAUUGCUAACAUAUGUAAAUAAUACAAAAGUCAAAUUGAUUCAUUAAAAAAAAAGCCAAAACGGAGGGAGUAUUCCUUUGUAUAAUUAAUUUCGACAAGCACGUUUUUUGUAAUUGUAAAUACUAACCAUUGGUUUUAUUUUGAAAGGAAGAAAAACAUGACAGAUUUCUUAGAGUGGGGAUUAGGGCCUGCAGGUACUCAUCUACCUGUCUUGCAAGCAAGUUUGAACCUCUACAACGAGCUUCGUAAGCUCGGGUUCACGAUCUUCCUCUUAACAGGCAGACCAGAAUGGAUUAGGAAUUCGAGUGUAACAAAUUUAAUGGAUGCUGGAUACAUUGGUUGGGAAAGAUUGAUUUUAAGGCAGCCUUCUGAUAAAGGCAAAAGGGCAAUCGAUUACAAAUCUGAAAACAGAACGAAAUUAGAAGAUGAAGGUUAUAGAAUUCAUGGCAAUUCUGGAGAUCAAUGGAGUGACUUGCUUGGAUGUGCUAUUGCACAACGAUCUUUUAAAUACCCUAAUCCAAUGUACUACAUUCCAUAAUCAUUAAUUAUUAGAUAAUUAUUCAUCAUAUGUAACCAUGAUGUAGUCACAUCUUAAGGCACACAUACAAUAUUACUCUGUACUACAUACAUGGGCUACAUAAAAUUUUACACCUUUUAAGUUUUUAUUUAUGUAUGGUCGAAGUUAAUGAUUUUAUG